AUGUCAUCUCGAAUUGAUAACAGUAGAGGUGAUGGCAACAGUAGGAGUGAUAAUAGUAGAGGUGGUCUUGUCCCACCAUCACAACAACAUAGUCACUCACCUUCAAACUCUGGUUCAUUGUCACCAAUGAGAGGUCAAGGCAACAACAACUCUACAGGGGGAUCAUCGUCCACGACACCAUUGUCCGUGCCCACCAUCGACCUGAUCGUCACGCCACUUGUCAAGAACCGCGUGGAGAUCGACUUCACCACCAAAGCAUCAAAGGAGGGUAUCUUCUCAAUGUGGACAUCGACAGCUGACAAGAAGAUCCUAUAUCCCGGCGACCUUACGAUAAAGUUGGAGAUGACAUCGGACAUACCUGCUGGUACUGUAGCGACAAAGACAGCACUGUCUGCACCAGUCUCAACAUCAAACGAAGACUUGUUACAGUUGUUUGAGAAUAUGCAUCACUGCUUGUUCUACCCUCUCCUCGCCACAGGCUCUUACAGACGCGAUGUAGUAAAGACACAGGAUACAUACUUUGUUCAGAUGAUUCGCGACAACCCAUCACGCGUCAAGAAGAUCCUGCAGAGUCUGAACGAGGUGUUUGCAUUCUAUCUCUCAUUGGCACAGCGCGAGUCCGAGUCGGACCCCAAGGGCUUUGGUCUGCUGGCGCAGGCUCUGGAGCGCUUCAUCGAGGACACGCUGACCAACCUGCGCGAUGCCUCAGAGUACAGCUGCACGUACCUACAGCGACAGUUCAACAAUCACCUGACGGAGCAGUUCAAGAAGGACAACUACAACGACAGCAAGGUAUUCAAUGACAGCACUCAGAAGUUUGGUCACAUCCUUUCAAUGGCGGUGGAGGCCGUUGAGACCGAUGAGAAAUCUGGCAUUAUUCGCCAGGCACUGCGUCUUGACGCCUAUCAAGAGAAGAUUGCAUAUCUUCGUGCCAAGGCAUUGGCAUCCAAAGAGUUCUUCAAUCAACAAAUGAAGUGUCGCAAGAUGAACAUCGAAAGCCAUCCAUUCUACGGCAGGGCAUGCUUCAAGAAUGAUCCAAACUUCCAGAGUUGGCGCAAGUUUGAAGAGUCUACACUCACAAAGAUAAGCUCGCAGAAUCAGCCACAGGAGGACUACAUGAAGUCGGUAUGGGGUAUCAAGAGCAAGGAGAAGGAUUCGAUUGGUGUGAUCGCCAUCAAGGUUGUACAGGCGAGAGAUCUGAUACAGAAGGAGGGCAACAGCAAACCAAGUCCAUUCGUCGAGGUUGAAUUUGGAGGUGAGAAGAAGAGGACCAAGAAAGCAUCCGGAUUGAAUCCAGUGUUCAAGGAGCACUUCUGUUUCCACAUCACCAAGCUCAAUAUGAACUCGGCAGAGUUGGAGUUCAAUCUAUGGGACAACAGGGAGAAGGACCAUUUCUUUGGAAAGUACAAGUUCACUGCAAAGGAGUUGAUGCAGUUCCAUAAACGCGAAGUCAGUUGGUAUCCAUUGCAGAAGAGAUCAUCGAGAUCAAAGGUCAGUGGAGACAUUAGAUUGCAGUUCCACUACCUCCCAUUCCCAGAGGUGACAGCGUCAUACCCCAAUCACACAGUAUACUAUCGUAUACUACUCGAGCGAUUGAUGUCACAAGAGUUGGGCGUAGCAUCCGCCGACCAAUUAUCAAUAAUCCCUGGCAGCAGCAGUGUGCAAACUACACCAACAAAGAAGAAGAGAGCGAUCCUUGACGCGAGCAAGACAUCCAUGCUCUCGACACAGUCCACCAUGUUGUUGAAGGAGUACGCCGAUCGCUAUGGUAUACUGGAUCAGACAACAAAGCUGGCAAUGUUGGACUAUCUGUCCAAGUUGAUCAUCCGUGACUCUUAUCUCGAGUGUAUUGUGGAGCUGCGAGGCAUUCUCAAGCAUGUUAUCGAGAUGAAGUUUAGCGAGAUUGGACUGACCAUUGCCGAAGAGGCCAGUCUUAAAGCCAUAGUCGAGAACCUGGCCCUCACAUUCAAGAUGUGGCUUUCAAACUUCCACUCUGUCUUCCCUCUCAACACCCCUCCAGGAUCACUUAGGAUGUUGAUCGAUAUAUAUUACAUGUUUAGAAGCUCAGAGCUCUACACAUUACCAGCCCUCCCUGACUUGAUUAGGGAGUUGUACGAGAGACGAUAUCAGACGGCCGUGUCAAUGGCCGAUGCGAUGAUAAAGAAGCUGCCCAACCCAGCGGGCAAGGCGGCACUGUUGGUGCGCGUCUGUGACAUACUGAUGUUCAACAUGGACAUUGACCAGAAGCACUUUAGCAAGGACUUCCCAAGCGAAUGUAACAUAUUAGUGAUCUCAAUAGAGGUCUACACCAGUCUGAUCGCAAUCGAAAUCGACGACCUCACUGGCAAGGGCGCGAGUAAUCCUCAGGAAUUGGUCGAGUUCCUCGAACUCUACUUCAAGCUCAAAGAGACCAUGAGCAAGUUCAGUGGAAUCUUUCCAAAGAUGGUAUUACUUCCAAUUCCAAUACUAUUUAAACAAUGUGUACUUCAAUGGAUACUGCACUCGGCAGGUCAGUUGAAGGACUUGGUCGAUCGUCUGUGCGCCAACGAGAAGUGGGACCCAGUCAGCGAUGAUACACUUCACUCGGCAUCAGUUGGAGAGUUGUUGGUUGGUUGCUACCACGCAUUGGAUGUGAUCAAGAGUCUGCGAUGGGAGGACCUGCAAAAGAUGCAUCAUGCCGAGGGCCAGCACAGCCUGUUUGAGAUAUUCAGCAACUUCACCAUGGUGCUCUCCGAGACCAUCAUCUACUACACCAACGUCAUCAGGGAUCUCAGUCUAAAGGCAUGGGACACGGCUGCGGACGACAUCUUCAAGCUGUCUGAUCAGUACUCGCCCGAGCUCGUGCAGACCGUGCAGCGAGUGUCACUGCGCUUCAACAACAUCCAGGCGUGUCUAGGCCACACCGAGGACCUGAUCAGCGUGCUGCUCAGGAUGAUGGACAACUACAAACUUUCACCGUCCAUCGUCAAUGCCAUGGCCAAGCAUUCAUACCAGGCCAUCAAUGGCAAUGUGCGAAAGCUUGUCGAUAGAAUCUAUGACCGUCUGGCACCGGUGCUCGUCAGCGAGGUGUAUCGUAUCGUCGACAUUGACCCUGAGGACAAGUCCAAGAACGUUGUUGUCGACUUCUUCCACAUGCUUGGCGAGAACCUUGACUUCAACACACAAGUCGAAGAGCCCAUCUCUGUCCUACUCACUCCACUCCUUCACUAUAUCGCAUCCAAGUUACAACUAUUCUCCCAAUACCUCUACUACCCCCUGACCAAGCAACUACUCAAGAGACUAUGGGCUGGUAUUAUCAAUAUACUUGACGAGAUGAUAUUUCCAUCAAAGAAGCGUGACUUUGAAUUGUCAUUGAAGCAGUUGGACUUGAUUGAUGGAAUGGUCAAGACAUUUGGAGAGUUCUUCUUUGUGGACGGUGAUGGUCUGAGCCAAAAGGCAAUUGACAAGCAAUCAGAGCGCUUCGUUGUAAUAUUGACGGCAUAUAGAGAGGCCGUGCGCAGUGGUGUGCGCGACUUUGAUCCACUGGGUCUGAAGAACGCCCUCAAGAACAUUAACUUUGCCAUUUUGAAGCCUGACCUGACCUACCUCAAGAAGUUGAACAUCAACCUCAAGGACCUGCCCAAGCAGCUGGACAUCUUCUCGCUGAUCAAGACUUCAAUAGAGAAGCGACAGAAGGAGCGUGAGGAGCGUGCUGCUCAGAACAAGAACAGGCCACGACGUGCAACAUUGGCCAUGAACAGGCUCACCUCUUUACUUCAAAUCAAGCGUUACAAUCAACAACCAGCAGCUACAGAUAAUGGCAAUGGUAGUAGCACUUCUUCUUAA